GUCCGGACGGAGUGGGAGACUCUCGGAUCUAGUCUAGCCGAGCAGCGCCCGCCCCUGCCACGCCUCGAUCCAGUGACACUUGAAAGGGAGGGGAGCUCUCACCUUGCUGGAAGGACAGUUGAGCAAAAUUUGGUACACAAAGGAGAAGGGGCAGAAGGGGAGCAGUUUUCCAGACAUCUGGUCGAAACCGAACUUGAAAAAUUUCUAGUAAGAUUUUAAGAACCUGCCCACCGCAUCUCCACUGAAAAUCAAAAGCUUUCAUACACCUUCUGUGGAAUUCUUUUGACGCGAAGAACCAUUAUAUUUUAUUCUCCAGUGAGAUCGUGGGAGAAGUAGCAAAUCUUUAACUGCAGUGCGUUAGUAGUCUAUUAUGACAUUCAAGAGCCUGAUGGUUUGCUUUGCUCCGUAAGGCUGGUGGGAGGAGAAAUGGGUGUGGCAAAAACUUGCGCUUGACUUACUUUCUUGUGUUUACCAAUUUGCUUUCUUUCCCCAGACUCUCAAGAGGAAGUCCUCUGCUGAACCCAGACGUUACAGUUACUAUAAAACUACCACAACUAACUUAGCCACUGUGAUCUCGGCAAGUCCAGAAACAACCGAGGACCACUUGUAGAAAAGGGAACUGUUAUAAGCUGAUAAAAAAAAAAAAAAAAAAAAAAUUAGUUGUAUCCCAAGUCCCUUUGUUGCGAAUCAUCCCCUCAUUUUAAAGGGAAGAGAAAAAUGCAACAAACUGAUUUUAAGUAAAUACAAACUGUCUAUCUCUGCAGAAGUAGUUCAAGGGUGGUGAUGUACCCAGCUAUGGUUACAUUCAUUCAGAAGCCUACACCAUGGCUGGGGGUUUAGCUCAGUGGUGCAGCACCUGCCUGGCAAGAGUUACAGAUGAGGAUAAUUCACUAAAGCAUCAAACUAUGCAGAAAAAUUCCAAGAGGAAUAGUAAAUUGAGAUUUUGUGACAUAGAAUCGAACUCUGUGGAUACUGAGCAGGAAAAAAAUGAGAGUCAAAAUAACUUCGUUGAACUGCUGCCUCUAGAAGUCACUUUAAAAAUUUUCAGUCAGCUAGACAUUCAGAGUUUGUGCAGAGCUUCACUGACAUGCAGGAGCUGGAAUUCUACAAUAAAAGACAGUGACUCCUUAUGGAAGCCUCACUGCUUGACUCUCAGAACUGUGUGCCAAAGAGAAAUAGAUAAUGAUCUACAGAAUGGGUAUUCCUGGAGGGACAUACUGCUGAGGAAUUACCAGAAGAGUAAAGUGAAACACGAAUGGCUCAGUGGUAGGUACAGCAACAUCUGUUCUCUCAUUAGCCUACCAGAAAAAAUUAUGUGCCCAAUGGAUGCAGAUACGUGGGGGGAAAUUUUCGAAGCAGAACUGGAAAGAUAAGUGAAAAAAAUCAUAAACAGUUCUUGUAACUCUUAAGAGUUUAAAACUAAAAUGACUCAGGGUGCAAAAACAUGUAUUUUUAUCCGUUUUCUCUGCCUUUUUAAUACUGAACACUUACAACAGUAGAAAAUAUAAAAGUAAAGCUUUAUAUUUAUUUUGCACUUUAGUAAAAAUGUUUUUUACUGUCUUGUGAAAAAUCAUGAAAUGCUAUUUUAUAAGAAAUAAUAUACUGAUAGAAUGAUUUCCAAAUGUAUUGUUUUAUGUAUUUGUGUUAGUAUAUUGUGGUAAUUUAAACAAUAGAGUGUACUGUUUUCUGCUACAGAUAACUUCUAAAAUUUCAUAAGCAACUUGAAAAAAUGAUCUCUUAAGAUCUAUCAAGGAUAGAUGUAACUAGAUUUGCAAGGACUAGCUAAGUGAGAAGAAUAUGAAUUUGUUUAAAUUAAUUAUAAAUUCACAUUUCAGAAACUAAUUUCCAUUUAAGUAGAGUCAGACUGUACUGUCAAACAGUGAAAUUAUUUUAAAAUAUAUUAAACUUGUGAUUUCGUUUAAAAGUAAUCCAAUUUUAAGAUUAAAGUUCAUCAGAUUAAUGUUCUUAUUACUUUCCCACAAACCUAAGAUGAUUCUUUGGGGCUGAAAAUUCAUGGGAAGUUUCCAAAACAUCUUACCUUCAGAGGAGCCACAGGGUGGCUUGCUUAGUAAAUUUUUUUGACAGUCUGAUAGCACCAUCUAGUGUUCUCCUUGUAGAUACCAAACAAAGGACUUUCAGUUCCUUUUCCUUGUCUCCAUAUUAAAAAAUUAUUCUAGGGAAACCUUAACACUUGACUUUGUUACAGUUUGACUUUGUUGCAGUUUUUGCCAGAAACCUUUAUUUCAACUUUUCCCUUUUUCAUAAAAGCAGGUGAUUCAGUACUCCCUCUCCCAAAUUAUCAUUCUGACCCUUGACAGCACCAUAGCAAAAAAUGUCUAUGAAAGAUUUUAGUUUGUAUGGGAUAUUCCUAAACUAUGCUCUGUAGCACAAAAAAUAAGAAUCCCAGAUAGUGAUUUAUUAUCUUCUCUCUUCUUAAAUUUGGAAGAGGUCUUGAAAGUCAGGCUACCCAGCUUCCAGGCUAUUCAGUAACUUCCCUUGUUAAACACUAAAGUCAGCCACCCCGAGUUUAAGCACCUCUAGUAAUAGGAUCUCUGUUAUGUCACAAAACAGUCCUGCUGUACUCUGUACUUACUCUGAUCAUUUGAAAUUCUUCCUCAUUGAACUGAAGACCACCUCACUCUGAAUUUGCAUGCUAGUCCUGGUUCUGUUCUCUAGAACUUUUUUCUAUCAUUACAUUCAGAUAUUUGAAGACUGCUAUCCCAUCUCUUCCUGUUUUCUACCCCAGUUCCUUCUACUGGUCAUAAAGUCUAAUUUCUAGACCCGACAGCAUUCUCUUCUGCCCAUGCCCUCUUAUUAAAAAUAUAAUUAGAAAAGAAGAUAUUCUGCUAAUCUUAUUUAGUAAGAGAUACUAAGAAUGCAGUUUGAAAUUUUGAAAGUAUGGGGAAAAUCAAACGCAUAGAGUGUCUUACUGAACAGUACCUGUGUACAACAGCAUGUGAACACAUAUAGUGUUAUCUAUUAUCUUAGUGAAUAUGGACUGACUUUGUCCAACCUCCUUACUCCUUACUAUCACAACUUGUUCCCAGCAUAAGUCUGAGCUACUGACCACUCGAAGGCCAAUUCUUAGGGAAUAAGAACUGAUGGCAGGAAUCAGGGUUAUUCAAGGGCUGAGAAGAUAGAGGAUUAUCAACCUCAAAUCUGCAUCUGCUGGGGCUCAAGAGCACAAAGAGCUUUCAAAGAGAGGGAAAAGAAGAAUAGGGCGGGAAAGCUACAUAUGGCGAGGUGGGGGUCAUCAUCCAGAGUGUGCAACACAUUAUUUUCUUCUCCGGAAUAUUGCAAAUUCAUCACCUGGACGAGCCCUUAGCAACAGUUAAGAAUUAAGUGAUCUUGAGAUUUUUGUGUUCUUUGUUCACACCAUUCUCAAAAUUGUCACACUGUGUUAAAUUGAUUGUUUUAUUGUUUUCACUUUCCCCUUUAGACUGUGAACUUUUAAUGGCAGGGACCAUUUUUUAUUUAUUUUUGUGUUCCUAAAACCUGGCACACAGUAUGUGCUCCACACAAUAUUAAGUUAUUUCUGUAUUUAUUUAUUUAAUCCUACUCUGAAUGUAUAAUGAAAUUUACUUUGUUGUAAGUAAUUUAAGAUUUAAUUAUCAUAGUCACAGAUUUGCUAUAGUACUAGUAAAUUAGUAACAAUAGUAAAGAUUGUCUAGAAAUGCAAUAUAAUUAUUACGGUAUAUGAGAUGAUUGAUUUUAAUGCUAACUUGUAUUUGUUCUAGUCUUCUCCAAAUGUAUACAAGGAAAAUAGGAAGUAGAAAUAUUGUAUUAUUAUUUUAAAAUAAACUUAAUGUCAAAAUAUCA